UUCAUGGUUUUUGGUUGUUUUACUGGUCGGGUCUGGUCGAGUCGAGUCUCGACUCUCGAGGAGUGGUUUGUCUAUGGAGCGAAGUUUUUAUUGGUUGUUGGUUGUUCUGUGGAGUGAAUCUGUGUACCGAAUGCGGUGACGUAUCGUGAACAGUGAGACACAAAAAAACGUAACAGAAAAAGUUUUGAGGUUAGGGAAGUUUUAAAACUUAAAAAAGUGAUAAUACAGAAUUAUUGCCCCAGAAGUGUGUUGAUAUUGACUUCCAAUAUGGCUAAUAUGAUACACUGUCAGUUGUGGAUGGGCAGCUUGGAGCCCUACAUGACGGAAACAUUCAUCAUUUCAGCUUUUCGUAAAAUGGGCGAAAACCCUCUGAACGUGAAAGUGAUGCGAAAUAAGUUCACUGGAGAAGCCGCUGGUUACUGCUUUGUUCACUUUGCUACUGACGAAGAAGCCAUUGACGCCAUGCACAAGCUCAACGGAAAACCCAUUCCAGGGACAUCUCCCAUUGUCAGAUUCCGGUUAAACAACGCCAGUAACACUGGACGGACAUUACUCGACCGAGAAUUUUCAGUCUGGGUUGGUGAUUUAAGUCCAGAUGUUGAUGAUUAUAACUUGUAUCGAGUGUUUUCUUCUAAGUAUAACACAAUCAAGACGGCUAAAGUUAUUUUGGAUACUAGUGGCUUUAGUAAGGGCUACGGAUUUGUUAGAUUUGGUAGUGAAGAUGAAAUGAAGGAUAGUUUAACUACCAUGAAUGGGUAUGUAGGUUUAGGGACUAAGGCUCUGAAGAUUUGCAAUGCUGUUCCGAAACCAAAGGGGGCACUUACUACAGGGACCUCUUCGACAACAAACACUACAUCAACAUACACAACUGCAGCCGCAGACUAUAGCCAAUAUUAUGAUCCUUCUACAUACUGGCAAAAUUAUGCAAAUUGGCAAACGGGUUAUUAUGACCAAGGUGAUGGUUCUGGGGGCCAUGAAGCCUACCAUGGGGAUAUGUCUGGUGUAGCUCACUUGGAAAAGAAGGAGGAAGAUCUGCUGGAAUUAAUUGAUCACUCUUUACCCUUGGAUGUGGACAAAAUUAACCGAGAAAGAAUCGAACAAGACUGUAACUUGUGGGACGCACUUGAAAGUUCCAAGUGGUUACCUUGUGAAGCGCUAGAAGUUAACUGACGGUCAUUUUAACGAAUAGGUUCUCAGCAUAAAACUAGUUUAUUAAAUACAUAUACUUAUAAAAUAUGCUUAAUCGUGUCAUUUACUUACAUAUUAUAGGAAAUGUAUGAUUGUUUUUAUAAAACAAAUAUAACAAACGACAAAA